GACAAAAACCAACAGCACCAGAAAAGAGCAGCAUACUCCGAAAAUGGCCGGCCGGCAGCGGCGCUCGAUCAGGGCCGUGUUACCCAGGCUUCCCGGGUGCUGGCGCCACCAGCUCGCUCCGCCCACCCACACGGAAAGGAAGAGGCGGGCGCCGGAAGCCGCUGACGUCAGGAGCCCCUCCCGAGGCCCGCCUCCGGGCCGGAAAUGAAGCAUUAGUCCCACCCCCGCGCCUGCUAACUCGCGAGACUUCGGGAGCUCCUCCCUCUUUCCUUUCUGCCACCGCCAUGCCAUCCAGACUGAGGAAGACCCGGAAACUCCGGGGCCACGUGAGCCAUGGCCAUGGCCGCAUCGGUAAGCACCGCAAGCACCCGGGAGGCCGCGGCAAUGCUGGAGGCAUGCACCACCACAGGAUCAACUUUGACAAAUAUCAUCCAGGUUACUUUGGGAAAGUUGGUAUGAGGCAUUACCACUUGAAGAGGAACCAGAGCUUCUGCCCAACUGUCAACCUGGAUAAAUUGUGGACGUUGGUCAGCGAGCAGACACGGGUCAAUGCAGCAAAAAACAAGACUGGAGCUGCUCCUAUCAUUGAUGUUGUUAGAUCGGGCUACUACAAAGUUCUGGGCAAGGGAAAGCUCCCCAAGCAGCCUGUCAUCGUGAAGGCCAAAUUCUUCAGCAGAAGAGCUGAAGAGAAGAUUAAGGGUGUUGGAGGAGCCUGUGUCCUGGUGGCUUAAAGGCUAUUCUGGGGGUUAAUUAAAUACUAACAUUUUCCA